AUGGCUACUUUGGAUGACCUGAGGAAGGUCGUUCGUUCGUAUCCAGUCAUUGACAACCACGCGCAUAACCUUCUACUGCCUUCGAAGCAGGAAGCUCACGACCUGUUGGCCGCAACAACAGAAGCACAAGGAGAUGCUCUUCAAGAUACANAAACGUCACUAUCACACAUCCGUGCUGUUCGUCAACUGCGCGAGCUCUAUGAUCUUGGUGAUGAUGCAUCAUGGGACGACUUGAUGGAAAAGAGAGCCGACAUUCUACAAGGAGAUUUCGAGAGCUUUCUCCAGAAAUGCUUCACUGGAAUACACACUAUUCUUAUGGACGACGGCCUCGAUGAUACGACCGUUUAUUUGUACGAUUGGCAUGACGAUUUUGUCCUUGACAAGACACUUCGUAUUGUCCGCAUUGAAACCGUGGCUGCAGAUAUUCUGCGAGAGAUGUACAGGAAAGGCACUCUACCAAUUGGACCAGCCAUACAUAACGAUGACAUGUGUGCAGAAGCCUGGGUUACGUUUCUCCAGGCUUUUGAAUCCUCCAUCGUCACCGAGAUUAAUGAUCCAGACGUCGCGGGUUUCAAGUCUGUGAUAUGCUACCGAACUGGUCUGGAUGUUAAGAUCGCUGGAGAUGUUCAAGUAGCCACGAACGGCCUGGAGGCUUUUCAAAGCAGUUACCUCCCGCAUUGCUUGCAGAAGGAUUUCCGCAUCGAGUCCAAGGGACUGAACGACAGUCUCGUCAUCUCAACAUGUCGACUCUUGAGCGCAGCAGCCAAGCAAGACUCGAUAAGCAAACCAAUUCAAUUUCACACUGGUCUCGGCGAUGCAGACAUUGAUUUGCUUCGCUCCGACCCCUCACAUCUUCAGCCACUUAUUACUGCUUUCCCUGAUGUUCAGAUGAUUCUUCUCCACACAUCGUAUCCCUACAUGCGCCAGGCUGGCUACCUUGCCACAGUGUACAAGAACGUUUAUCUUGACCUCGGUGAAGUGUUUCCGCAGGUCAGCAGGAAUGGACAAGAGACCAUCCUGCGUCAAUGCAUGGAGAUCACGCCUAUCUCGAAAUUGCUCUUCAGUACUGAUGCUCACCAUUUUGGCGAAGUCUACUGGCUUGCAUUGAAGCAAUUCAGAGAAGCAUUCGAGAAGGUGCUUGUAGACUACGUUGAGAACGACGACCUUACAGCUGAACAGGCUAUUCAAGCUGCAAAAGACAUUUACUUCAAUAACGCGAAGAGAGUGUAUAACCUCUCUGUGGAGCUUCCAGAGGUUGAAUUGGAACUCAUAUACUCACUCACUGAACCCUCUUUGCUAAAUCUCGGAACAGNNGACGAGCAACCACGACGAACUAGGGCACAGAGCAAUCGGGAAGCCAAGAUCAUGCAGGCUCCUCAGCCUCUACAGCUCGCGUGGAGGGAGAUCGAGCCACACGAGAAGCCUUAUGACUUGGACGUAUUCACCAAAUUCUUCGAGCAGCACUCGGAGCUGAAGUAUGUUUAUGUACAAUGGCUCGACUACCUUGGUACGCUGCGUGCUCGUAUGCUGCCGAUCGCCGCAUUUCGGCGCCUCAUUACAAGCGGCGAGCGUAUCGGUAUCUCACGAGGCAAUACAGGCACACUGCAAAACGAUCAUGUCACUUCAGCAGUCACUCCUGUAGGUCAGCUCUACGUCGAGCCUGACAUCACGACAUUGAGGCUUUCGCAUUCUCGAGACUCGCUUGCUUCCGCAACAGUGAUAGGAUCUUUCUGCAACGAAGAUGGCCGUCGCUCAGAAUGUUGUCCGAGAGACAGUCUUCGAACUUUGACAAAACGCUUCUCGAUUGACCAUGGGAUCACGUUCCUCGCUGGAUUUGAGAUUGAAGUGGUUUUCCUCAAACAAGAUGCGGAAGGCCAGUACAAUCCUUGGACCACAAACCAUGCUUGGGGUACUUUCACGCCGGAGCAAUUUGAGGUUGCUUUUCCUGUGCUUGCAGAGAUCGCCGACGAACUGACGAAUAUCGGUAUUGAUGUUCAACAAUUCCACUCGGAGUCUGGACCAGGACAGUAUGAGUUCGUGUUGUCGCCUUUACCAGUCGUUGAAGCAAUUGACACACUCUUGCAAGCACGUCAAGUCGUUCAACAAAUUGCUCGUCUUCAUAGACUGCGUGCUACACUGCAUCCAGUUCCUCUCAAUAAGAUUGGUUCAGGCCAGCAUGUUCACAUCUCGCUCAACUCAGCCAGCCUGUCUCCGCAAGAUCUGGAAAACAAGGAAUCAUCUUUCUUUGCUGGAGUGCUCGAGCAAUUACCGCCCCUUUGUGCCUUCUUGCUUCCCAACGACGCGAGUUACGCUCGCGUUGCCGACGACAUCUGGACUAGCGGCGCUUGGGUGGCUUGGGGCACGCAGAACAGAGAAGUGCCACUUCGCAGAGUCAAGACAGGACGCUGGGAGAUUCGCUGUCUGGACGGCUUCGCGAAUCCCUACCUUUCUCUCUGUUCUUUACUCGCUGCUGGACUGAACGGUGUGGAGUCAGGAAAACAUCUGGAGAUGAAGGACUGUACAGAGAAUCCGGCACGUUUGAGUGAUGCUCAAAGAGCUGAGCUCAGUAUCACAAAGAGAAUGCCUGCUUCGCUCGAGGAGUCUCUACGCCACCUUGAGACAGCUGAGGUCUUGAAGCAACUUAUGAACCCUCGGCUGAUCGAUGAUUACGUCGUUAUGAAGAGAGCUGAAAAGCAGAUGCUUGAUGAGAUGGACGAGAAGGAACGACAUGCAUGGUUGAUCGAGAGGUACUGA